CUAGCAGUUUAGAGGUUGAGCUGUUUCUUUACUGAUACAUGUCUCUCUCUACACUUUUAGAUUUUAUUCUGUCAACUGGAUGUGAAUGAUAAUCGAUGGAGCUAACUGACAGUGCCAUUUACUCCCUAGAGUUGCCUACUGCACCCCAAGUUCACAAUGACUACAGACAGCAGCAAAAAGCAUCUUGUUCCAGGCCUUCUCUUUCUUGCUAUGUGGCAACAGCUUUGGGGCUUCUGACUGUAAUUCUUACCGGUUUGCUGCUACAUUGGUGGAUUCUGUGCAAGGGCUCCAGCUACCCCACUUGUGCCAAUUCUCCUAGCUGCCCAGACCUCUGGAUGACGUAUGGUGACCAUUGUUAUUACUUCUCAGUGGAUAAAAAUGACUGGAAUUCUAGUCUGGAAUUCUGCUUAGCCAAAGACUCCUAUCUUCUUAUGCUUAGGGAUAAUCAGGAAAUGAGCUUCCUAAAAAAUAUCCUCCAUGAUGACUUUCACUGGGUGGGUCUGAGGAACAAUUUUGGUUGGAGAUGGGAAGAUGGAUCAGCCCUAAACUUCUCAAGGAUUUCUUCCAACAGCGUUGUACAGACGUGUGGGGUCAUUAACAAAAAUGGUCUCCAAGCCUCUAGCUGUGAAGUUCUUUUACAGUGGGUCUGUAAGAAGGUCAGACUUUGAUGGAUGGUCACUCUGUCCUGACCGUCAGAUCUGUCUUACAACUCCUUAAAAAGGGGAAGCUGCCCACUGGGUAUUGGGACAACUAUGAGUAUGUAUUUAGUGAAUGCUGAACCUUCUAGUAUAUGGUAUUAGAGGUAAGAUUAAUGCAACCUCCCCGGGAUUGAUGCUUUACUGCUGACUCUUUGAGACUAUUUUGAUAUUAUGUUAAUGAUUUAAUGAUGAAAACAUAUUUGUGAAAUAGAUGAAGUUUGUUCUUAGUAUUUCUCACUCUAGCAACUAAUGCUGCCUCUCUCAUUCCUACCCCUACUACCUUUGUCAAAAUGUACCUUUUCAAUAUUAUAAUUUCAGAUUAUCUGGUGAAAUCUGUGCAAAUAUACUGUUGCUAAAGUUCUAAAGGAUUUUUAUGUGUUUAAAAGAUUAACAUGUUACUUCUCCCAGAUAAUAAAUUCUUAUUGUUAACAGUGGCCCUUUGCAGAUAGAGCUUAACUCUAAAAAAUAAUGCUAAUGGUGAGAAUAUAAAUUGUGGAAAGUGGAUGAGGACAGAGUGGUGCUUUGCAGUUCUCAGCUCUUCACGUUUUCAUAAAGACCUUGCCUUGACUGAAUUUAGUUUUUAUGGAUAUGCAUAUAUGUGGUGUGUGACCAACAAAACCAAUGUGUGACUGUAUCUUUUCCACACUUUGAAUGUGUGAUUUGCAUGUUAUGCAAUUUCACUACAGUGGUCAAUCUGAUGAGGCAUUUGCAUAGAGGAAAGUUUAAAGAAGCAGUUUACAUGAUUGAGUCCCCAGAUUAUUUUAUUUUUUUGUAUGAAUCAUUGCUUUUUAUAAACCUAGUAAAAUAGUUUUUAUUGAGUUUACAGGAUUGAUCUGUAUACAAUUACAGUGAGUCUUAGUAACAUUUAUUGGAAUGACAUUUCCUUACUUACAAUAGUUUGUGAAUACUUGAGUUUUAUAUUUUGAUAGGGGCUGGGCCCACAUACUUUUUUUUUUUUUUAAUUGUGCUUUAG